AUUGAACGCCGUAAGCGUAAUCCUAAAUUCUGGUGGGCGUUGCUUAAGACUUUUGGCCUACAGUUUAUAAUCCCGGUCACUAUUUUUGGCACCGGGGAAUGUAUAGUGCGAAUUGGUCAACCCCUACUUCUGGGCUUUGUGCUUGACUAUUUUAGAGGAGCCAACCACAUGAGCUACCAACAUGCCUGUAUGGCUGCAGGUGGUAUUGUAGUUUGCUCAGCCCUGUACAUCACACUACACCACCCGUGCCUAAUGCGUAACCUACAGGUGGGCAUGAGAUUGCGUAACGCGUGCACUACUCUUAUGUAUCAAAAGUGUUUAAAACUGAGCCAAUUAUCGCUAGCAAAGACCACUGUCGGCCAAAUAAUCAAUAUUAUGUCCAACGAUGUUAACCGGUUUGAUGAGUUUGCAAUUUCAAUGACAUGCGUGAUUGUGGCGCCCAUACAAGCCGUACUAGUGAUUUAUAUAACAUGGACAUUUUGUUUGGGUAUUUCAACGGUGGUGGGACUGGGCUUGUUUGUGCUAUACAUACCAUUCCAGUUGAUCAUGGGUAAAUUAUUUUCGCGCUUCAGACAAAAAACUGCAAAAUUAACGGAUGCCCGAUUACGGCUAAUGAACGAGAUUAUUUCUGGUAUGAGGGUGAUCAAGAUGUACACAUGGGAGCAGUCAUUUUCGGACUUGGUGGCCAAAGCUAGGAAGUUGGAAGUGAAUGAUAUACGCAAAGUGUGUUACUUAAAAGCGAUCAAUCUGUCACUAUUCCUGAUUGCCACCAAGAUCAUAUUGUUUUUCUGUUUCCUGACGUACGUACUAUUAGGUCACGUUCUCAGCUCCAAGAGUGUGUUUGUCACAAUGGCCCUGUUCAAUAUGCUCCGAAUUACAUUAACAUGGAUAUUUCCCCAGGGUAUAGCCCAGGGGGCUGAGCUCCUGGAUUUUCUUGAGCUUGAUGAAAAAAAGCCGAUGCCUACAGACUUUGUCAACAUAAUUGGUCCUGUUGGAUCAGGCAAAAGCUCAUUGUUAAUGGCACUGCUCAGGGAACUUGAGCUAUUGAGUGGGUCUAUUCAUAUGAACGGCACCGUUAGUUACUCAGCACAAGAGCCCUGGAGUUUCAACAAUAGUGUCCGAAAUAACAUAUUGUUUGGCCGAGAAUACGACGAAAGCAGAUAUAAAGAUGUGGUACGAGUGGCAGCACUCGAGCGGGACUUAAAGAUAUUCCCGUUCGGCGAUCGGACACUAGUGGGCGAAAAGGGUGUUUCACUCAGUGGUGGUCAAAAGGCCAGAAUAACGUUAGCAAGAUCUUUGUACAGAAACGCCGACAUAUGCCUUAUGGACGACCCGUUAUCGGCUGUGGACGCGGCCGUUGCCGAACAUAUAUUUGAACAG